AUGUCGGCAGUGGCAGGAGCAGCAUACCUUCUAUUUAAGUCGAUCUCGGGGUUCCAGUUCCCGUAUGCGCAGGACGAGCGCGCAGUGCAGCAGACGCCGCUGUGGGACGUGUACCAGGGCACGCGGAAGGCGGACUCACAGGCGGUGACGCUGUUCGUGCACUCGCGGCAAAAGAAGGCGUCUGACGCGGGGAUCGAGCAGCUGGUGCGCAACGCGGUGCGCAAGGCGAAGACACUGAAGCUGCCAGGGCUGGUGCGGGUGCUGGAGGUGCUAGAUACAGACCCGAACGUGGUGUACAUCGUGACGGAGCGCGUGCAGCCGCUGUUCCCGGAGCUGGCGGGGGCGGUGGGGGAGCUGUCGCUAGGGCUGGGGCUGUCCCAGGUGUUCGGGGCGCUGCGCAUCCUGGAGGAGAACGCGCACGUGACGCUGGGGACGCUGUCGCGCGGCAGCGUGUAUGUGAACGAGCGGGGCGAGUGGUGCCUGUUCGGGCUGGAGCUGUGCUCUGCGCAGACGGAGCUGGCACACCUGCGCGAGCACGCGGCGCGCUACCGGUCGCUGAUGGCACAUACGAUGUUCGAGGUUCCUGCGACGGAGUCGGCGCAGGUUGACUCGGUACUGCUGGCGGGUCUGAUUCGGAGCGUGUACACUACGGGCGUGCCACGGGCGUGGCAGGCGGCUGUGAGCAUGCUGGCAGCAGGGCGCCUGACUGUGACGCAGUUUGUCGCCAGGGUUAGCGGCACGCCGCAGCUGCAGACUCCGCUGAUAACUAUCUACAGCCAUUUAAAGGAACUGCACAUUAAGGAUUCCCAGGACAAGUUGGUUGCGCUGGCAGAGGUGCAGAACAUUAUUCUUCAGGAACCGGGCGUUCUGGACAAUUCCACGCCGGGAUUCGUGGACGGUUUCAUCAUCCCCCAGCUCUCUGAGACAAUUCGUAACGAGAUCGUUACGAACCAGCAGCAGAUUGCAGGCAUGCAGGUUUUUUCCAACAUUGUGUCAUUGCUGGCCACGGCCCUGCAAUUGACCUGCUCUAAGAAUCCAAACUCCACUUCCGCCGAGACUUUCAAAAGCCAUAUUAAGCCAUUGAUCUUCGAGACAUUCAAGAUUUCGGAUCGCCAGGUACGGUUCUUGCUUCUAAUGUACAUGUCUGUGUAUGUGGACAAGCUUUCUGGCUAUGAGAUACAGAACCAGGUGUUUCCCUACUUCGUUCAAGGGUUGGCGGACUCAGACAACGCUCUUCGGUUGCACACGCUAAAAAACAUCGUCCAUAUUGUAGAGAAGAUUACGGAACGCCAACUAAACAGUGAUCUACUGCGGCAGCUGGCUAAGACCCAAGUUGAUUCUGACGUGAAUAUCAGAACAUGGACCAUUUUGACCAUUACCAGCCUUGCCGAGAAACUCUCUGCCGGAAGCGACCGCCCAAGUUUACUCGGUACUGCAUUCACCAAGAGUUUGAAAGAUCCCGCCGUCAUGCCACGGCUUGCUGCUUUGCACGGUUUAGCAAAAUCCAUACAUCUGUUUGACGCCAAGACAAUUGCGAACAGGAUCCUAACGGUGAUUGCGCCAGGGCUGCUAGACUCGAAUGCACAGGUCCGUAGCCAGGCUAAGGAGCUUUUUAGCAUGUAUCUCAAAAAGCUGGAAGAUGAAUCUUCGACUGCGGAUUAUCAGUCGGACUCGGAGGAUUACGUGGACGUGGAUUUCGAAUCCAUGCAAGCCGAGGCUUCACAGGAUGAGUUUAUUUCUAAUUUCUUGAGCAAUCUGAAAGUGACAGCGGACCAUUCAAUCACGAAUGCACCAAUGUCAAUUGGCUCUCAGGAAAAAAUAGACUCCGAUGCCUGGGAUACUGGAGAUGAUUUCUCAUGGGGCGAUGUGGAUGCGAACGAGCAGCAGCAGCCAAUGAGACAGGCCUCUAAACCGCGGAUAUCGGCGCAGCCUAGAAAACCGGCGGGGGUGAAGGUCAACGGCCUUCGCAUGGAUUCUCUAGACAUCAGGGACUCUUCGCAAAUCAAAUUUGGAGCAGUUAAAACACAAAACUCAUGGGAUAACUCUCCAAAGCAUCAGAUUACCAGUCAUAAAUCUCAUUCGACGCCAAAUUUACCAUCAAAGCUUGUAGCGCAACAGCGCAAUCCUCCGAAGAGGGAUCCUAUUGCAAGCCUUGUCCCAUCUGCCGAAGAUGACGACGGCUGGGAUGAGGAAUGGUAA